AUGUCAGGAAGAAAGAAAACAUUGUUAAAAGUCAUCAUAUUAGGAGAUUCUGGUGUUGGUAAAACAUCUUUGAUGCAACAAUUUGUUAAUAACAAGUUCAGUCAUCAAUAUAAAGCUACUAUUGGAGCAGAUUUCUUAACUAAAGAUAUCACCAUUGAUGGAAACAAACAAGUUACUUUACAAAUUUGGGAUACUGCCGGUCAAGAAAGAUUCCAAAGUUUAGGAGUUGCAUUUUACAGAGGUGCUGAUUGUUGUGUUUUAUGUUAUGAUGUCACCAAUGAAAAAUCCUUAAAUAAUUUAUCAUCAUGGAAAGAUGAAUUCUUAGUUCAAUCUAACGUUUCAAACCCUCAAGAUUUCCCUUUUAUUAUAAUAGGUAACAAGAUUGAUGUUGACGAAAACAAGAAGAUUUCUUCAUUAUCUAAGAAAUUAAAUAAUAUCACCAAUAACCAAUUAGGAGGAUUAAAUUAUCCAGUUUUCGAAACUAGUGCUAAAGAUGCUAUCAAUGUUGAAAGUGCGUUCGAAGUCGUAGCUAAAAUGGCACUUCAACAAGAAGAAUUAAAUGAUGCCAAUGGUAAUGAUGUUAGUGAUGAUUAUAAUGAUGCUAUCAAUAUCCAUUUAGAAGGUGAUUCAGGUAAUUGUGCUUGUUAA